AUGGCAAUGGUUGAUGAACUUGUUGACAAUGCUGGUGAAAUAAUUGACCAUCCAAAUGUUGUAUUUCCUUUGGCAAGUGAGGUCAAAGCUCCUGGAAGACCUAAGCACGUCAAAAGGAAAAAUGCUCUCCCAAAGGACUUUGUCCGUCACAAGCACAGACAUCUCCUUGUGCAAAAGAACAAAAAUGAUAUCAGAAGUAUUUUGAAAGAAGGACUUAAAGAAGUGAUGAAGGAGUUCUUAGAGGAAGAGCCUCUCAAAAAAAUCAUAAAAGAAAUAAAAAAAGAAACCCAAUUCGCUGAAAAACAAGAGCCUCUCGAAGAAGAAUAUUUUGUAUGGUUUGCUCACACAUUGCAUGUUUUCUCUAUAGCUAAAACAACCAAUUUCGCUAAAAAGCAAGAGCCUCUCGAAGAAGCUGAAAAAUAUUCCUCUGGAAUUAAAAGACCCAAACAUCUCCAAGACGACUACUGGUACGAUUUGCCUAGUCCAAAAAAACAAAACAAAAAUGUGCAUGACUUUGCUCUGCCUGCUCAAAUCGAUCAAGCCGCCAUUUCGUUGACAUUUAACCCCAAGUCCGAUGGUUGGUGUGGUCUCCGUGUAUUUGCACACCUGAAAGAGGGUGGAGAGGAUCAGUUUCCUUUGGUGAAGAAGAAGAUGUUGGCCACGAUGGCAACCCACGGUAAACUUUACGAGCACAACUUUGGCAUGGAUGUUGCCGAAGUGACAGAGGUCAUUGCCUUUGGCUCCGAGAUUGACCCUGCUCUUGGGGAAAAUAUCCCAUCUUGCCCUUCCUCUAUGUGGUUCUCUGCACCAGACUGUGCUCAGAUAAUAGCUGACACCUAUAACGAGCCUGUUUGUGUGUACUUGGACGAUCGGAGCGUCUUGCCUGUAACUUUCCUUCCCCUCCACGAUCGGAAGCCUCUCAAAAGAAAGUCAUUGCCAAUGGUCUUGCACCAUAUACAUGGGUGCCACUGGACAACAAUUAAAGUGAAGCCUCAUGUACAUCGGUCCUGGCCUGAGGUAAAUGCGCUGUAUUUUGAUGCUAUCCGUAGAGGGAGUAUCAUUGACUGCUUUUCCACAAGUUGGAAUCAUUGGGGUCAGUUCCCAAAGAACAAGUCUUAUCUUUUACCCUCCACUACUACAACUACUACAAUUACUACUACUGCCACUAACUCUCCUACAAAUUCUCCCGUAAAUUCUUCCAAUAUUAUUGACCUCACACAUAUAUAA